GAUAACUCGCGUCGCCCGCCGCUCGCCGCUGCUACUUGCGCGGCCGUGUACGAUAAAAAAUGGUUCCGGAGGGCGUGGUGCGUUGGCUGGAGGAGCAUCGCGAGCUGCUGGUGUGCGUCUUCUGUUUGCCGGCUAGCUUCAUCUUCACGUUGGUGCUGCAAGCACGAGCGCUGCUGCGGCGAUUGACGCGCACGCGAACCCGGCAUGACGACAGAGUGCGGGUCAUACAAGCGCAGGUGCAAGAAUGGAAGAAGCUGCCGGCAGAGGGGCGCUGCGGCCGCCUGCUCUGCACGUCGCGACCCAACUGGCUCUCGCUUUCCACAACUUUCUUCCAGAAGCAGAAGCACCACCGAGUGGACAUCCCGCUUUACGACGUGCUGGCGCUGGACGAGGCCGCCAUGAGCGUGCGAGUGGAGCCCAUGGUGACCAUCGGAGAUAUCACGGACUAUCUCAUACCGCGAGGAUACUCUUUGGCAGUCACCAUUGAGCUGGUGGAUGCUACGUUGGGGGGAUUGGCGUUUGGGACGGGCAUGUCCACCCACUCCCACAAGGUGGGUCUGUACCACGAAACCAUCAUGAGCUACGAGGUGGUACUGGGAGACGGCUCGCUCGUCACGGCCACCGCUACCAACGACCACUCCGACCUAUUUAAAGCCCUGCACUGGUCUCACGGCAGCUUAGGAUUUCUAGUCGCGUUAACCUUGAAAAUCGUCAAGAUCAAACCUUACAUCAAAUUGACAUACACUCCCGUGCAGGGCCAGAAGAAAUACUGCGACAUGCUCAGAGAAUAUUCCGGGGCCAACGAGGCCAAACCCCAAUACUUCCCCGACUACAUAGAAGGUACGAUAUUUAGCAGCGACAGCGCCGUGAUCAUGACGGGAGACUAUUCAGAGUACGACCGCAAGGUGCCGGUGAACCAUUGCUCUAGGUGGUACAAGCCCUGGUUCUAUAAACACGUCCAAUCAUUUUUACAAAAAGGGGAAAGCGUCGAAUUGAUUCCACUUCGAGACUAUCUACUGCGACACAACAGAUCCAUAUUUUGGGUGGUCGAAGAUAUGAUUUCCUUUGGGAACAACCCCAUUUUCCGCUUCCUCUUGGGGUGGCUAUUGCCGCCGAAGCCUGCAUUUUUAAAAUUCACCACCACUCCGGGAGUCAGAGCGUACACGUUCACGAAGCAAGUCUUCCAAGAUAUAGUUCUACCCUUGCAAGAGCUGGAGAGGCAAAUCGAAAUCGCGACCGAGUUAUUCGAUAAAUAUCCACUGCUUGUGUAUCCGUGCAGAAUUAUCGAUCACGGACCGAUGUCGGGCCAACUCGGCCGGCCUCCGUCAAAGUACCUCGUACCGGGGACUGACUAUGCAAUGUACAACGACCUUGGGGUGUACGGGGUUCCCGGGAAGGUCAAAGACAAGAAGUCGUAUAACCCCGUGGCAGCCAUGCGGGCAAUGGAGCAGUUCACGCGCGAGCUGGGCGGCUACUCAUUCCUGUACGCUGACAUAUUCAUGACAGGCGACGAGUUUCAACAAAUGUUUGAUCUGUCGCUGUACGCAGUGGUAAGGAGGAAAUACCACGCGGAAGGCGCGUUUCCACACUUGUACGAUAAAGUCAAGCCUGAGAUAAACGUUUUCGCCAUUGGGGACGCGAACACGACAGACUACGCAGAAGCCGAAAUAAAGUGAACACAUUCUUUUAUUUUGUUUGUUUAAUAUAGUUUUUUAAUGUUUAA